AUGCCGUUCGUAUCUUGGGCUCUCUGGGUCCAGGAUCCAAGUCACAGAAGAAAGUUCUUCAAUCCCUCAAAUGCACAAAACAAGAGGAAGAAAUUAGUUUCAAUCUCUAAAUUCCAGAAAUUUGCAGACGCUGAGAUCAUCCGUGUGCCGCUGACCCCGACAGACGCUGAAUCGGAUACGGUAAGUUUUUUCCAGGGUCUUGACGCGGAUGUGCUGCGAGAAAAGUUAGAGUGGGGGAAAGUUGCAAAAUAUGUACAUAUUAUACAAAAAAAUUACAGAACAGUUAUUUCUACAGUACACUUCUUUUAAGAAACCAGUUUAGAGGAAACAUGGUCAGACGAAAAAAACACAUUAAAAAAAUAUCUAUUAUAAUACAUCUAAACUAAAUAUAUCUAUAAAUUAAAAAAAUAUCUAUCAAAACGAAAAAGCACAGCAUGAUAAGCCGUACAGUAUCCCUUAGGAGAAAAAUUUUUCAAAAAAAGAGAAUUUUGAAAUGAUAUGAAAUGGUUACUGUACGAUAAUUCUAAGCUCUGAAGAAACUGAAGAAGAAAAAAUUACACAGUAAGCCAAAAAAAAAGGUUCUAGAAUUUUGACCCUUUUUAAUUUAGAAAUACAAAAGUUUGGCUUAGAAAUCGUCCUUUUUAAUUCUAACAAAAUGAGUUCUUUUUUUGAAUUUUUUUCUUCGAGAACUUCUGACUAAUUUUAAACUUUUUCAAGAGUUCCAAAAAAAUCCGCAGAUUAUUGUACCCGAUGAUCCCCGUUCGUCACAAUUCUCAUGAAAUUUAUUCUCCUAUAAAUUUUUCGUGAAGAUGAGAAAAAUUGUAGCCACCUUCAGUAAAAAGAGAGAGAUUUUUUGAGCAAAAAUUGCGGAAUUUGUAGGUUGAGGAGCGCUACAAAACGGAAUUUCAUUGAAAAUUAUUGUCAGUAGUGAUUUUUCAAAAAGAAGAGGUUCUACAGUAGCCUAUGACGAGCUCAGAUGGACAAAAAGUUUUUGAACGCAAAAACUUAUUCAAAAGUUGGCUCAUAAUUCGCAACAACGUAUCCCGGGGUUACAGUAACCGUUCAAAAGGACAAAGGUCUUUUUUUCUUCCCUUUUUCCUACGCAAGGAAUCGGGGGAACUGUGUCAGCGACGUCUUUGUGUCGUGCGACUUUCCACGUCCGUCCUGCGCACGUUUUUUUCCCUUCUUCAUUCCAGCUGUGGCGACCCGUUUGCAGCGACAUCCCGAGCAUCCGUCUCUCGAUUCCUCGUUUUUUGUCCCUCUUUCUGAACCUGCCUUCACUUUCUUCUACCGUCCGUUUCGGUAGAAGAAAGUGAAGGCAGAGAGGAAUGUCCUGAAUUGUUGGUAUUUCUAAACUUUUUUGGGGUGGGCGAGCGGAAGUCGCUGCAGGGUCUGUAAGCAGCAUGAAGAAGCAGGGAACGUUUGAAGGAAGGGAUCUCUGACAUGAUUUCAUUUCGAAACAGAAGAAGCUUUGCCUUCUGAACUGCUUUGAAGGAAUUUCUUGGAUCAUGGGUAUUUCUGAACUUUUUUGGCGGGAAUUGCGGAUGUCGCUGCAGGGAAUAGUUACUGUAGUCUCAGUCAAUUUUUGGAACACUUCCAGAAGUUUGACUGAUUUUGAGAAGGUACUGGAAGUCGUAAUCCACCUCAGCUCUAGAAAGAUUUUAUAAGAAAUGUGGUUAAAUAUUACGAAAUUAUCUGAAAGCUCGUACAACUUCACAGUGAAGCUGGAGACGAUUUUUCGCAACCAUAGAAGUCCAGCCAAAAGUUCCUUUCAGUUAUUUUAAAAAGUCGUUCAUAAAAAAAUUAGGAACAGAUUACUGAUGCCUCGUGGAGGAUUGAUGAAGCUGGUAAUUUUCUUGCAUAUAUUUUCAAAAGGAUCAGUUUGAAACAUACAUGAGCAGACCAUUUUUCAAGGCACCUACUCCCGAGUCUUUCAAAAAUUAAAUUUAAUACUCCCUCCUGAAGUUUAAAACCUAAUUAUAUUUUUUUCGGAGUUGAAAUUUAUUAUUAUACUCCAAUUUUCAACUUUUUUGUAAGUCAAGCACUCCUCCCUGACGAAUUGACUUUUUUUACUUGCUCAUGUAUGGUUUGGAAAGAAUUUUUCAGUCUUUUUUAGUCGCUUUGUAAACGUCACGGUCUUAGAAAUUUUUGAAUUCUUACAAAAAAGUUUCGGCUCGACCCGUUUGUAGAAAAGCUCUAUGAGAACGUGGAAAAGUUUGAAUAAAAUAUACAAGUUGAUAGUUUGGAAUUUUCCAAGAGGCUUUUUCUGCUCUCAAUGUUUGAUAAUGUAAUCCGAAACUUGUUUGAUUACGUAGUUUUUCAAAAAAUAAACCGAGUUCUGUCACGGCUGCCUUGUGACGUUCCUUUCCGAAAAAAAAAAUCAACGGAUUUCAAAAAAUGUUUUUCUAAAAGGAGCAGAGACGAAAGUUACAAGCUUUAUGAUAUUUGAACUCAGGGCCUCAUGCUCAUUGGAGAAACGGAACAUGCUUCAAAACGAAAAAGCGUGUUCAUCUGCGCGCCAAAAUGCUCCAAAACAGUACUAAUUUUUGUUUUGGAGCAGUUUUUUGCGUUUCGAAGCAAUUUUCGUUUUGUUCGAUGAAAACGCCACCAACUUCUCAUUUUCAUAGCGAUGCUUUUGAUUUUGAUGGUUUUGGAAACUGGAAAAAAAGUUUUUUGAGAAUUUUUCCUGAAGCAUAUGAGGUAGUGCAGCUAUGACCUUAAGAAUUCUAAAUUUCUAAAAAAGUUUUAAUUCUAAAAAAGCUACAAAGUUUAAGAUUGACCUGGAAAUCCAUACGUUUUUGUUUUGAAAUCGCCUCCAGCCUUCUUUUAUUGUCCGUAUGAAAGCCUUUUGAUGGUUUUUUUUUUCGAAAAAGCACUCGUAAAAAAGCAAAAAUGGUCAAAAGUUAUCAAGUAUUUGAGUAAAAAUUUCUCAUUUCCAUGAACUUUUCGAAAAGGAUUACGGCCUCAUUCCACUGCCUGUAUCACACGCCAAAGUGCGGCAUUUUAUUCGAAAGAAAUGUACUCGGAGAGAAGCGGACGAGCAGUGAGGCGGAUAAAUUGCCGAAGAGCCGCGCGGGGUGCCAGGCGGCGGACGUUUUUUCCGGCGGCGCAAGUGUCGGUGCUGAUAAGAGAAUGGGUGUUGACGGUGAUUAGUGAGGACGGAAAAUGAAACGGCGGAGGUACCUGGAAAGUUGAGUGGCUGCUCCAGGGACAGUUUUUUUUUAGUUUUCUUUUGGGAGUGGUUUGAAAUAAUAAACUUGUAGAUAUGAGAGAUAAAAAGCUUUAAAAAGUCUCAAAGUCUCAAAUAAUCGAAAAUAUAACUCGCCCUGUUAGUUCAGUUCAAGAAAAAAAGAGAAAUUGAAACCAUUCAGAAAAACAGAAAAAAACUAAAAGAUCAUUUUCAUAAGAUGAUAUAUCUUACGGUUCGGAAUGAACUCUACGUAUAAAAAAAUCCCCACGAUUGUAAUCCUUAUGAUCUGUAUGACUUCGUGAAAUUUUUUUCUCUUAAUCUGGGCUAAAUUAUAUAUUAUAUAUUCAACAAUCCGUUUUGAAUCUACUGGUGAGAAUAAAAAAAGAUACUAAGCACAGUUACGAGAAAAAUUUUUGCAGGCCACAUUUGAGUUUACAAAUAAAUUUAUGAAACAGUCCGAAGUUUUUCCAGCUCGGAACAUCUUGUGAAAGGGAGGUCGACUCGUUGGACCCCCUACAUCCGUCGACCAAUGAACUCAGCGGGGCUCGACUCCUCAUUCGGAGAGCCCUCAAAGAGGUAAAAAGCUUUCAUGAUGAAGAAAAUUAUGAAAACAGUUGGACCGGUCAAAAAGUGAAGAAAGGAGAAAAAUCACGACAAAAAAGUUCAGAUUUUUUAAUCGGACUUGUAACCCACAUAGACACACGACCUGUGGCGCUACGGCGCCUGAUUUAUGACAAAAUAAAAAAAAAAGUUAAAAAAUUUCAGAACCAUGGAGGCUCGGAAGAACAGACGCCAGUACCUGGCCAGGUGCCUUACCGGAACACGCUGAGAAACACUCCGUCGGCCGCGUCGAAACGAGGCAAAAGUGAGCCGCGAAUCGGCACGGCCACUUCUCAGCACACUUUCGUCGUGGAAACCGAACGUCGUCGGCCGCUCAUGAUGAAUAUUGGCCUGGGAGAAGGUUUUCUGAUUAAGAAAAAAACUUUAGCCCGUGCUUAAAAUAAAUUGUGAAAUCAUUUUCCAGUUUUUCAAGUUAUUUUCAUGAUAUUUUGAUUUUAUGCCUCGAUACUGGCGUUGGGAGCGGCGUGAGUCUUAAAAUAAUGUAUUUGAAGGGAUUUCGAAACAGCGAAACACAGAAGAACUAGAAAUUUUUCUCUUCGAAAAAAUAAUAAAGAAGUUUUCAGUGAAUUUAUAAAGUUUUUGUUGGAGAGGCCCUUGGGAAUAGCUGAGAAAAAGUGUUCUGAAAAAAAAUAUCCACGAACGUUUUUUUGAACUUUGUGACUUCUUCUCGAAAAGGAUAUGAGAAGAAGCUUUAUUUUCAAAGUAACAUUCUGAAAAAAUUUCAUUUUAACAGAGAAAACUCUUCCUUUUUACCUAACCUUUUUACAAGAGUGAAGAAAAAGUUAUAAAGGUCGUUCAUGAUCAGCUUUCCAAUCCAAUAAACUAACUAGGGCUGUGUGCGCGGUGAACAUCGAGUUAGAAAUUGAGGCUUUUAUGGUAGAUAGACCUAGGGGAGAGGGCUCUAAAACAAAAGAGAAAAUCUGCUAAGCGCCAUAGGGUACCGAGAAAAAGAUCGUCAAAGUUUUGCCGCCACGUAUAUGUCCGCACUCGGAAUGCUAGGCUAGCAGCUGGGAGCGUGGUGAAGUGGUAGUGUUCUUGAAUGGCGCUGACGCUAUGCUAGGUUCGAUUCCUUUUGACGUGAAAAUUUUUUUGCUCUUGUUUUUUCAAUUCUUCUACACUCUAUUAUCAAAAAAAAAAACAGCAAAAAACGUUUGAAUUGGAGGAGAAGAUUAAAAAUUGGAAAAGAAGGAAGGAGAAAGCACAAAAAACUUAUUUUGCGUCAAAUUUAUUUUUUCCGUCGAAAACUUCUUUAAAAAAAUCGUCCAAAUAAUUGAUGCUCGGGCGGCUUCUCGAGAUGACAGUUUUGUUCUAUGGCUCACCAAAAUUUUCGAAAUUUCAUGGAGAAUGCGAAAUUACAUUGACAGGACUCCCUGUGCUCUUCGGGCUCGUACUCAUACUUCGGUUUCUUUUUUUUCACAGAAAUAUGAGUGAUUUUUCACUUAUAUUUUUUGUUCGAUUCCAUCGUGUUGUGAUCUCGAAAGCCAUGAACCAAUUAUCAGAACUUUUUUUUCCGACAUUUUCAACGAAAAAACUAAAUUUGACGCAAAAAAGUUUUUUUUGUGCUUUCUCCUUCCUUCUUUUCCAAUUUUCAAUCUUCUCCUCCAAUUCAAACGUUUUUUGCUGUUUUUGAUAAUAGAGUGUAGAAGAAUUGAAAAAACAAGAGCAAAAAAAUUUUCACGUCAAAAGGAAUCGAACCUAGCAUAGCGUCAGCGCCAUUCAAGAACACUGCCACUUCACCACGCUCCCAGCUGCUAGCCUAGCAUUCCGAGUGCGGACAUAUACGUGGCGGCAAAACUUUGACGAUCUUUUUCUCGGUACCCUAUGGCGCUUAGCAGAUUUUCUCUUUUGUUUUAGAGCCCUCUCCCCUAGGUCUAUCUACCAUAAAAGCCUCAAUUUCUAACUCGAUGUUCACCGCGCACAAAGCCCUUGUUAGAGGUAUUCAAAAAAAUGUUUUUUUGAUUUUUAUUGAUGGGAAAAAAUGAUGGAAAUAUAAGAAAAAUAGCUCGAAUUGGUCUGAACAUGAUAAAAAGUUUCUCAAGUUCUUCCAAUUUUUUGAAGCUUUUUCGAAAGACUGUUGGAAGUUAUCCUCUAAAAAAGAUCAGUGUUUCUUGCGUUUUCAGAAAGUCCUUUGAACUAGGGCGCAAAAAAAGACCUUUUCAGUUAUUCAAUGAAAAAGAAACUUUUCUAAUUAUUUUUCUUCAAACAGUGUUAUCACUCAAAGGAACCUUUUUGAUUUUGAAAAUUCAGUUCAAGCUUGGAAGACAUUUGAGUUGAAAGAUUUAUCAAAUUCUUGAAGUUUCAGGUGCGAUGGAGUACAAAAAACUGUUGGAUGCCCAAGAGAAAGCUCGUGAGGAAGAAGAAAGGAAGAAAAGAGUUGAACUGGAGAAGGCAGAAGCCGAAGCCGCCGAGAAGGAAAAGGAACGCCAAAAAGCUCUCCGGCACCUUCAGUUGACUUCCAGGAAGGCUCCGUCUUUGCUCAAGUAAGUUGAGGGAAAUAAAUUGUUAGGUUCUGAAGGAAUGAAGUUGAAAAAGAAGACAUUUUUCAGGUCUAAAAGCUGUGGGGUUAAAAAGAGAAUACAUUUUUUCUUGGGGUUGGAAGCUUUGAACUUGGAAAAAAAACAUUCGAUAAGACUAGAAGGUUUCAAAUUGGAAAAGAGAAUAUUUCGAAGGUCUCGAAGCUGUGUGAAGUUGAAAAAAGAGUGGAUUUUUAGGUGUUGAAGCUUUCAGGUGUAAUUAGAAACGUUUUUAGGUCUUGAAAGCGUAAAAUUUGAAGUUUUGAUGCAUUGAAGUUGACAAAUAUGGCUUUUUUUAGGUUCUCAGUGUUGAAAAUAUAUAUAUUUCUUAUACUCGAAGGUGUUUCUCAGGUCUUGGAGUUGUAACCUCGAAAAAAAAAAAUAAUUUUCAAGGACUUGAAGCUGUACGCUAACUCAAAUCGUUUACGGUUUUUCAUUUACAAAUCAAAAAUUACAUCUUUUUCUUCACUCCUUAACCUGUUCUUAAUUAAACUUCUUCAGGUGAAUUUUUGGAUUCUAAAUUUUUAAUAAUGGGAAAGAGUGAAACGGAGGUCAUGAUUCAAUCCGAGAUACCGCAUUUUACUAAUAAUUUUGAAAAACUUUUAACUCUCACUACUCCUUUACCUGAAAUCAGAAAGAUAAUUUUUUUUAAAUUUCACAAAACUCGAAAUGAAACUAGGUAGUUUCUCAGCGAAUCGGAUGAACUUUCGAGAAAUUCGCGCAGAGUUGAUUAAAAGAUGCUCACUAAGGAACGUUUUUAGGUCCCGGUUGAACUUUUGAAAAAAAUUCUCUGAAGUUUCUGUGACCUUCUGAACAGGAUAGGAAAUUCCGCACAAUAGGUCUUAUUCUCAAGAUAUGAAAAAGUGUUGCAAAAUACGCAAAUCAUGAUUAAAAAAAGCGAUAUUUAAGCUUUUAAAGCGUCUUAACUCGAAAAUCAGAUCUACUGCGAGGAAUUUUUUUCUUUUUCUGGAAUCAGAAGAUUUUAAAGUUUCAUCAUAAGUUCAACUGGGGACUGAAAACGUUUCCUAGUCAGGACAUUUAUAACAAAUAGUAUCAUUCACACUUUUUUCAGAAAAGAGUUAUCCUCUUCCAUAACCCAGCUGAAAGAGAACUCGAAAAAGGCUCUACCGUCGAAACCGUCUUCGAAAACACCAUUGAGAAAAAGUGAUAAUAAAAAUGAUUUUCUAAAGUCUUAGAUCCAUUUAAGGUCCCAUCACGAACAGUGGCACUGGCUCGUCUGCGUCAAUCGACUUGGACUCGGAAGCUUUUAACAAACGGAUUGUAGAGCAGGAAAGGUAAAUUUCUGUGGAAAUUUUUCAGAAAGACGGGAAGAAUGAAACAUUGAAAAAAAUUUCGUUCUUUUUUCAAUUCAUAGUGAGUGAGAAAAGCUUUCAUAAACCAGUAGAAAAAAACUUUUGAAACUAAAUUUUUGGAUCUCCUCAAUAAAGUUUAACCAUUGACAAUAUUGGGCAAGCGGAUAUUUUUUCACCUCCUUGGUAGUCACCAACUCAUCUUAUAUUGUAAGUUUCAAUUAUGAGGGUUUAAGAGGGGAAAAAUGAUCGGAAUAUGUCGAUUAAAAUAAUGACAAGAUCUCUUUUGAACCUAAUAAAGCUCAAAGAAACUUCAUCAAUUGAGCAGAUCAAUCAAAAAAUUGAUCCGAUGACUUUGAACCUAAUAAAAUUCGAAGCAUCCUCGAUUAAAAUCUUGACCGGAUUUCUCAAGGAUCGCACGAAAGCUCGAAAACUCUGUCUAAAGUUCAGCUGAACAAUCGAUAAAAAUUGACGGGGACCUUUCAAUUUACCAUGAUUAGGCAAUUACAACCGCGAAAAGAACGAUAGAAUAUCGCAAAAUGUUUUAAACUUUUUAAAAAAUCAUUUUGAAACGUAUAAUGUUAUGGCUGUUCUGAAAUUUCUGACUAGGGAGGUCAUUUCACUUUGCGGUUGAGAAUUUCCUGAAAAUUGGCCAGAAAGCUUGAUGUACCAGAUCCUGAAAGUCUGUACCUGAACAACUCGCUAGGGACCGCUACGCUUUGGAAUCAAAAACUAAGGAUAUGCGCUCGCUUUGAUAUUUUCUCUCUGGUCUCUCUAUUCGGUCGUGAUUAGAAUGGUUCAAAGCGUUGCGGUUUCGAUAAAAACUGAAGUCGAAUAGUUCUUCUAGAAUUUGUUUCCUUGGUUUUGAAUGCCUCUGGGUGAAAGUCGUUUUGGGUCGGGCGCAAUCUAAAUCAACAGCUUGAGCCGUUACUUAUGUAGGCAUUCCUUUAGAGUGGUCCCUGCAGAGACAACUUUGGGGGUCCUUGAAAAUUCUCCUGAAUUUUGCCCCUAUAGGGACCAUUCUUUUUGUGCCAUAAAAGGGCCCUAACCUCUAUAGGGAACACUCUGGCGUUUCUAAGAAGGGAUAAAAAUCACGGAACCAAAAAGAAAGAAAGAUACUUUCAAAAAAAAUACUACAAACUUUUGCUUCGAAUUCUAUAUUUUCAUCCACCCGAUUAAUUAUUCAAUCAACGAAUUUUCCAGCUUCGACGACUAUUCGGCAGUUUUUGGAGCUCGUCCAAAAGUUGCCCGAACUCCCGACACCCAAUCGCGCUCUUUUUUCUGA